AGCUUCGUCCAUCGUUCAGCAAACGGCCACAUUAGUUCGUUCUUAGGUAUUGCGUUGGACAGUUCUUUUUUGGCAUGCCAGUCAUGAAGCGUCGUAGUACGUGCGUUUUGUUAUUCUUAAUUGUUGGUUGUUGCGGGUUGUUUGUUGCCGCGAAGCGUGAUGGCGAGACCCAGAACGGACCGCUGCUCGAUAGGUUGUUGGUGCGCUUGCGAAGGCAAACGGGGGGAGUAAAUUACGGGUUUCCCACGUUUCCCGACUUUGCAAGGCAGGGACAGCAGGGUAACUUUGGACAGCCGGGCUUUGGCGGUGGUGGAUUGUUUUCACGCAGUGAUUUUUCCGAUUUUAUGCCAGAUGCAUCACAGUUCAAGGGAAACCAAGUGUGGACGACCAAGAGUUGCGUCUACGAUGAGAAGGGAAAGGAAAAGUGCGUAGAAAGGCACGGUGAUAAGCCGAAACACUAGACGGGGAAAAAUGUCCCCCUUGCACGAUAAUGUUGGUUAUUGAAGGAUGUGUGUUUCUGUUGGGGUAAUAAACAUAGCUUGAUACGGUUCGUUGUUUUAACCUUUGAUUGCAA